CUAAGUAUCGCGAUAUUACCGGUCAGUCCUUCCACCAUGGCAGGCAGUAGAUUGGUGCUAGAAGGAAGAGUUAGUAUAAAGACAUUUAUUUUAGGGCUCAGCGUGAUUGUAAUCCCAUUGAUCAGAACGUGGUUUGGACAUUUCGACUGGGUCUUUGAUUAUCUGACGGAAACCUCUGGGAAAAUAGUGAUUUGUAUCCACGUUGCAGUUAUUAACGGCCUAUUGCUCAUCGUAUACAAGGGACCGCUGUACAAGGUGGCCGUGAGGGCCUGUUUCCUGGGGGUCACUUUCGGCUGUGGCUUAAUCAUAAGCUUCUCUGAAACGACCUGGACACAUUUUGGCUGGUACAUGUGCUCCCUGUCCUUCUUCCAUUACUCCGAGUACCUGGUGACGGCCGUCAUCAACCCGCGCAGCCUGUCGCUGGACUCCUUCCUGCUCAACCACAGCACCGAGUACACGCUGGCGGCCGUCUCCUCGUGGGUGGAGUUCACCAUCGAGAAGCUGACCGUUCCAGAGCUCAAGCAGCUGAACGGGCUGUGCGUCGUGGGUCUGCUGCUGGUGAUGUUUGGCGAUUGCUUGCGUAAGGCGGCCAUGUUGACGGCCGGCUCCAACUUCAACCACAUAGUGCAGAACGAGAAGGCCCAGAGCCACGUGCUGGUCACCAGCGGGGUGUACUCCUAUUUUAGACACCCCUCCUACGUGGGCUGGUUCUACUGGAGCACGGGGACUCAGAUCAUGCUGUGUAACCCUGUGUGCAUACUGGGCUACACGUUAGCCAGCUGGCGCUUCUUCCGGGAGCGCAUCGAGGAGGAGGAACUCUCCCUCAUCCAUUUCUUUGCAGAGGACUAUGUGGAGUACAAGAAGAAGGUUCCUACCGGACUGCCCUUCAUCUCAGGCAUCCGUGUCAACUAGUCCCAGCAGCUGGAUGCAGGACCCAGCAGACUCGAAGCACCGAGGCAGGUCGGACCUGGCGGCCCUCCAGAGGGAAACCCCGCAGCCGGUUUAGAGCCUUUAGCUCACGGACAAAGAUGGCGACGGGCAGCUGGCCUGCUGUUAUCCACCAGCUUCCAGACCACACGACCUCCACGUAGUCCAACAACACCCGCUGCGUCUGUUUGUGUUUGCAUGCUUUCACCGGGCUUCACGUCUCCACGGAUUAUCUGUUGUCUGUUACUUGUCAUCACUAUUAUUAGGCAGUGGCCCCGACUCGGCUAAGGGACACCUGCAAGGCAGAGUGUCGACCGUAUGAGCAUCUAUAACAGGGUAGGCCGUUGUUUCACUAGAAUAUCGUGGCCGUGCGUCUACAUGUGCACACGCAUGGUUUGGGAGGCGGGUGGUCCGUGGAGGGCAGACCUCCACCUCGUAGUCCGUCGCUGCUGAAGUCCCGUCACAAUAGUUCACUUCAAAACCAGAGCAGCUCGACAACUAGUGAAGCAGCAGUUGAACAUACGUUUCCAAAUAUUGUGUAUCUUAAUUAUGUGUACUGUUAAGGUGGGAAAGCCAGUGAGAUAGAAUAGACUAUGUAUCUGCAUCCACACGGUGGUAAAGGGAACAGGGACCUUUUUUAUAAAUCAUUUUAUCCUCAAAAGCACUAUUUAAGAAUAGAGUGAAUAAGUUAAAGGAAAGCGUUUUAUUAGAUGUUCACGAGGAAUCCCCAUCAUCUGAGGCCAGUUACGUCCUGAUGAAUAUACAAUUCUUCAAUAUGCAUUUGACUGUCCGCUGGUUUGUGAACGUUCUGGAUCCAGAAUGUGUUUGAUUUGACUAGAAGACGUCGGGCUCACGUCCCGAUGGGGAAGGAAGGCCGUGUUAACUACUUUUUCUUUGUUUCUUGUUGUUAGUAUAUGAAUUGUUUCUUUUGGGCUUUGUUUUGUGUCCCUGUGCCGAACAGUAUUAAUUACAACCAUUGUUGACGUGUCAUGAUCCCUUUGUGUUAGAAAGCAACCAGUUGAGUGAGAUGCAUAUUGAGCUUGAGGGUCUCGCUCUCUGAAUAUCGUCACACUGAGCUCAUUCUUUUUCUGAGGAGGUUGGUAAAAAAAAUAAAAUAAAGUCAAAGAGUUUAAGGAACAAAGAUGGUCUGUAUGUAAAAUGAUGAAAUCAAGUUGUUUGACCAGCAGUGGGGCAGAAGUGUGGAAUGACAUUUAACAUGAAUCAAUAAAUCAUCCUAUUCAAAGGCCGAGUUCUUGGAUCAACUGGACUUCUAGGACUGUUUAAUCAGAGGAAUAGGAUUCUUCCCACAGACAAAUAAAUGGUUGGAUCUUUAUAACAAA